CGCCCCCUGCGCGCCGCCAUGCCCCCCCCCGCCCCCCGGGCCCGGCUCCGGCUCCUCGCCGCCGCCGCCCUGGCCGGGCUGGCCGUCAUCAGCCGAGGGCUGCUGUCCCAGAGCCUGGAGUUCAGCUCUCUGGCAGACAACUACACCGUGUGCGAGGGAGACAACGCCACGCGCAGCUGCUCCAUCGACGAGCACGUGACCCGCGUGGCUUGGCUGAACCGCUCCAACAUCCUGUACGCGGGCAAUGACCGCUGGACCAGCGACCCGCGCGUGCGGCUGCUCACCAACUCUCCCGCCGAGUUCUCCAUUCUCAUCACCCGCGUGGGCCUGGGCGACGAGGGUCUCUACACCUGCUCCUUCCAGACCCGGCAGCAGCCGCACACGGCCCAGGUCUACCUCAUCGUGCACGUCCCUGCCCGAAUCGUGAACAUCUCCUCUGCGGUGACGGUGAAUGAGGGUGGGAACGUGAACCUGCUAUGUCUGGCUGUGGGGAGGCCAGAGCCCACAGUCACCUGGAGACAGCUCCGAGACGGCUUCACCUCCGAGGGCGAGAUCCUGGAAAUCUCGGAUAUCCGGCGGAGUCAGGCGGGGGACUACGAGUGCGUGACCCACAACGGCGUGGCAUCGGCCCCCGACAGCCGCCGCGUGCCAGUCACUGUCAACUACCCUCCGACCAUCACCGACGUGACGAGCGCCCGGACGGCCGUGGGGCGCACCGCGCUGCUCCGCUGUGAAGCUAUGGCGGUGCCGCCCGCAGACUUCCAGUGGUUCAAAGACGACAAACAGCUGGGGGGCGGCGCGGCCGAGGGCCUGAAGGUGCAGACGGAGAGGACCCGCUCCAUGCUGCUCUUCGCCAACGUGAGCGGCCGCCACUACGGGAACUACACGUGCCGAGCGGCCAACAGGCUCGGGGCUGCCAGCGCCUCCAUGCGCCUUCUGCGCCCAGGCUCUCUGGAGAAUGCGGCCUCCCGGCCCCCCGGGCCUCUGGCCCUCCUCUCUGCCCUGGGCUGGCUGUGGUGGGGAGGCAUGUAAGGCUGACAGAGAUCGAGCCCUAGCAAGGGAGUGAGCCAGCAGCCUGGAGAGAGCGAGAGCCAGCAAGGAAGGCCCCGAGUCCCAGGCAGAGGAGGAAGAGGAGAGAUCCUUAGAGAACCCAUCACUGUGAGGGAUAAACGCAAAAUUAUGCAUCGUUUCUACAGCCAUCGUUGUCACCCCUUCACGUGUCCGACUGUACCCCGGUUACCCCCGACCCCCUUGGCCCUGGCCUUGAUCCACUCUGGGUACCCCGUCACCCCUGCCAGCCACAGGCUGCCCGUCACCUCUGCAUGCCAGCUUUCGGUGGCUGCACUGGCUGCAGGGGUCCCUGGACCCCACCCCACCCCCACCAGGCUUAGCUUUAGCUUUCCCACCUGUCAGGAGCCCCAUCCCCCCUUGUGUUGGAUCUUGGGAAAAGUUGGGGGAGGCACCGGCAUCUCCGGGCCUCUCCCAACCACCGAGGCUGCCUGCCCCAUUUCUGGGUGUCCCCUCCCCUCCCCCCUUCCGGCCUUCCCCCCAGGCCGACUGGUGCUUCCAUCCCACUGUCAGGCCGGUGGCUGCGGCCUCCCCCGCUCCAGCUAUCUGCCGCAGUGCUGCCCCCAUCCCUCCGCCACCUUAGCUGCUUGCCCGUGUCCCCGGCCCGUCUCCUGGCUGCCGGCCGUCUGAGCCCUCGCUCCUGUCUUGUCCUGACGCCAGUCAGCCGACCGUACCUCACCUACAUGUACCUGCACCCACCAGCGACUGUGAUCAGCAAUAGUCCCCCCAUCCCCACCCCGGCUCUAACUAUCUUCUGCUCUGGGUUUGGCCCCCGGGUCCAACUGUAGCUUCUGCCCCAGAGGAGGGGAUUUUGCAAAGGGACAGAGAGAACCUAACAGAAGGCCUGCUGCUAACUAGUCCCACGAGAGACCCCCCAAACCCGCCACUCAGACAGAGGGAGGGCGAGUCCUGGGCCCAGUCCUAGAUACUUGUCACCACCUUCCACUACAUAAAAACUUCCUCGAUGUUCAUAGUGCUCAGAGCUGGCCAGGGUUAAGGAGGGUCGGGGGUGGGCUGGAUCAGGGAGGGACAGGGACUGUACCUCAGAAGGGGGCAUGGGCCCCAUCCACAUUGUCUUCCAUUCCCAGGGUCCUGAGGAGGGUGGGGAGGGGAGGGGAACUCGGGUGUGGGUGGGGAAGAAGGACCCUGGGACCCAGUGUGUCCCAAACCAUGGGGAGUGUUGAAACCGCCACACCAAUAAACACCUUUUUCCAAAA